AUGAAAAUUUUUAUAGUUAGCCACGUGAACAACAAAAUGCUACUUGAGCUCUUUGUUUCAUUGCAUAUUUUCGAAGUCCUCUUGGUCAUUAAGGUGCAUUUUGUGUUUGUCAUUAAUCCAACGCCAAAUCUGGAGAUGCUUGGUCUUUUGCAGGUAAGGCCACAUGGUAUUAUGUUGAGCAUAUCUUUCUUAGAUUUGGCUCCUAAUGCCACCAACUCCAUUGGCUUCUUCAAGGGGAAUAUCUGGAAUGCCUUACGUCAACAAAGGUGUGUAUGUGAAGUCAUGGUACAGUUCAACCUUUGCAUGGAACCUUGUUGGGAUACACAACAUGUGCAUACUGGUGCAAGCAAUCAAACACCCAACGGUAGGAAUUGCCUUUAG